AUGGAGAAGUAUUGGACCGCCUUGUUUAUUGUGUUGAAAGAGACCCCAUUGGAAUGGAGGUUUUACACCAGGUUUGGCCGGAAGCUAGCACACAACAUAAAAAAUAUAACUUUGGACUUGUGCAUUUACACGCAGAUGGGGCUCGUCUGGCUGAGCAAGCUAGUCCAGCUCCUAUCACUGAUGUUGAUAAUUAGAUUUCUGCUAGGCUACCAGUCCCUCUUGAAAUUCAUAAGGUGGGUCAAAUACACGGGUGGACUCCAUGCACCAGAAUCAGAGUCCCUGCCUCAUCCUAUGCAAGAACUUAGCCGAUUUGUUAUGCACCUGGAAGGAGAGGAAGACGUUAUCGACAUGAUGAUGCAAAGGAACUUUGAUGCUACCGGACAUUGGAUCAGGAUGGGCACAAAGCAGCAGCCAAAACAUGUGAUAAGACUGCUUGAGAAACUGAGCUCAUCAAGGGAGUUUGAGGGAGUCGUCCAGUUUGACAGCGACCUGGUUGAUCCAUUGGAUCCUGAGAAACCCCCAAAUUGCUGGGCUCUUCCUGUGGUAACACUGACAAGCAUUGCAGUGGCUCUUCCCAAUAUAGACCAUGACCUGAAGGAACAACUGAGACAAGGUGUACAUGAGGCACUGAUAUAUAUCAGGUUCAUAGAAGACAACUUAGAUAGCAAACAUGAACUGAUAAAUGUCAGGAAUGCAGCAGCUGCAUUGUGGACAGGGGUUGAUAUCUACUGCAAAUGGCUGGAUGUGGAUCUUCGUGCCUUCCAAGAUAAAAGCCCAAAAGAAAUAUUUGAAGAACUUGCAGAAAAAGCAAAGUAUAGGUUCAAGGUAUUUCGGGAGAAUGAUCCGCUACAUUGUUUGAGAGAAAAUGCUUCUAGCUGGCCAAUCAAGGUAUUGGCUGCCAAUUCUAUGUACAGAAUUUGUCAGACUCUUUUGGUAAGUUCGACAGGCGGAGAAUGGGAAAGUGGCAAGUUUGUGUUUGAUAAACUGUCUGCAAUGAUCGCUGAAAUCAUCGGGGCUUGCUUAACAAAUUUGCAAUAUGUUAUCUCGGAGCAAUGCCAUCAAAGCUCCAUCCAAGAGAGAGAGGACAGAACUCGACAUUCCAUUCUUCUUUUGGGAGAAACAGAGAAGAUCUUGGAGAUUCUUGAGCAGCAAACACUUCCAAGUUACAAACCAGAGCAGUCACUUCACAUUGAUGAAUGGAGAUUGUUAAGCAAACGAAAAGAUCUUUUGGAAUCCAGUUCUUCAGUCACAAUCGAGACAUCCUUUGGUAGCUCCAGUGACUUGUGUCUCAACAUUGACUAA